AUGAAGCACUUAGAAAUACUUGUUGCGAAGGUGGAAUAUCGAACUAGAAUGGCAGAUCCGAGGCGAGGUCUGUGCAGCUCCUUCAUAGCUAGGCUUGUUCCUGGUGAUAAGGUUUACGUGAGAAUACGUGCUGGGACGUUCAAAUUUCCCAAAGAACACAAACAAGUGAUUUGCAUAGGGCCUGGUACUGGAGUUGCCCCUUUCCGAAGUUAUCUUGCUUUCCGCAAUAGAUCUGGUAAAGCAGCCAAAUCCUUGUUGUUUUUCGGAUGUCGAGGGAAAGAAAAUGACUUUUACUUUGAACAGGAAUGGGACCAAAUGCCAAAUACGCGUGUAUAUGCCGCUUUUAGUCGUGAUACUGAUCGAAAAAUUUACGUUCAACAUCUAAUCCUGAAUCAUGCAGAUGAAGUUUGGGAGAUUUUGGGUGAACAGGACGGGCAGGCAUUUGUCGCAGGAAGUUCUGGAAAUAUGCCUAAGGCCGUCGGCGCGGCUAUCGAUAAAAUAGCAGUGGAGCAUGGCUGGACUGAUGGAUCAUUUCUUAGCAAAUUGGAGGCUACAGGGCGAAUG